UCGAAGUUCACAAGGAGAAAGGAGCGUCCCUCCACGGACGCGCGUGCUGCUGUACUAUUGUCCGGUGCGUGCAGAUGGUUCUCGGGUUUGAUGGCUUCAGGGAAAUGGAAUUUCAAAAUUCCAAGCUCAGUUCGGUGAUUCGGGACUUACUAAAUAAGCGUUCAAUGCAAUAGUUGACACGUCUGCUGCAGACCUCUGACUUCCCAACAACCCGAAGAGGUGCCAAAGAAGUGUGCGCGGACAAACAAGCAGUGCGCGUUUUUCCCUCUGUCUCUCUGAGUCAAGUAUUUGGAUUUGACAAAUCAAAAUAUUUAAGCCAUUUCCAUAGCCGGUUGGUUUUACUUUUAAAUCUUGAGAUUUUAGAUUUUUCUUCUCAAUAAAACACUCUUACUUAGUCACUUACAUGGGAUUACGACCUCUCAUCAAUGAAGUCCGGCAUCAGUUUUAAACAGAUUUUUCUCUUUUAGAAGAACAGGCAGGUGACCGACGAGUUUAAGAUGACAUAUUUGAUUGCUUUUAUUCUGUCAUUAUCAACGUGUCUGUCUGUGGUGAGUGGAAGGCAUCCAACAUGUAACUUCCUCCUGGAGCUUGAAACAGACCAGGAAGAAUGUCUUGUGAAGCUGAGGGACGAAGAAUCUUCAAAUUACUCCAAAGGAGUGGGAUGCAAAGCGAUCUGGGAUAACAUAGCAUGUUGGGACCGUGCAGAGGUUGGAGAGACUGUCACUAGAGAGUGCCCCAGAGUGCUCAAGAUGUUUUUUGGCAGAAAUGGAAACAUAAACAAGAACUGUACAGCGGACGGAUGGUCUGAUGUUUUCCCCAACAUCAGCAGUGUGUGUGGGGCAGAAGAAAAGCAUGAUAAGCUUGUCUUCUUUACGGUGGUGAAGACUCUGUAUACGCUGGGCCACAGUUUGUCUUUGAUCGCCCUCACAACUGGGAGCGCCAUUCUCUGUCUAUUCAGAAAACUCCACUGCACGCGGAACUACAUUCACCUCAACCUGUUCUUUUCCUUCAUCCUGAGAGCGGUGGCAGUCCUUGUGAAGGACGACAUCCUCUUCUCUCGCAAUCAGUGCUCUGAGCAGCCUUCACUGAUUGGAUGCAAGGCGAGCCUGGUGAUUUUUCAAUACUUUAUCAUGGCCAACUUCUUCUGGUUGCUGGUCGAGGGCCUCUACCUCCAUACGCUCCUGAUUGUCAUCUUCUCUGAAAAUAGACACUUCAUUGUUUAUCUUCUCAUCGGCUGGGGAUUCCCAACCGUGUUUGUUUCUGCAUGGGCUAUAACAAGGGUUUAUUUUGAGGAUACUGGAUGCUGGGAACAGAAUGAUAACCCAAUCCCCAAGUGGGUGAUCAAUGUACCCAUAGGCUUCUCCAUCAUGGUGAACUUCCUCCUGUUCAUCAGUAUUAUAAGGAUUCUGGUUCAGAAGCUGAGGUGUCCUGAUGUGGGUGGCAACGACCAGUCACAAUACAGGAGGUUGGCCAAAUCCACUCUCCUGCUGAUCCCCCUGUUUGGCAUCCAUUAUGUUGUCUUUGUGUCUCUCAAUGAAUCCAUGGAAAAUUAUAAAAUCUUCUUUGACCUUGCUAUCGGAUCCUUUCAGGGCCUGGUGGUUGCCAUCCUGUACUGUUUCUUAAACAGUGAGGUUCAAGGGGAACUCAAGAGAAAAUGGCGGAGUGUAUGCCUCAACUGCCAUAUGGCCAGAAACUACACCCAGCACAACACCUACGCCUCCAGAAACGGCUCAGAGAACAUGGCUCAGUUCCAACGUAAUUCUCGUGCUCAGUCCUUCCUGCAGUCAGAGACCACUGUAGUGUGAGGGCUGCGUGUAAAAGAGGGAUCGGUCUCCAUUAAAACGCUCUGGAACUCUGGUAUUGGCCUAAAUACACACUACAGCACACACAGCCUACAGUUGUGGGCACUAAAAAGUUAGCUUGGACCACGGUAUUGGCAGAACAAUUGGCAUAAUGGCACUCUAGGAUCUUCUAAUGAGUUUGUCACUAAAACCUGGACCCCGGUACAGGGUUUGAAUUUCUUUCUUUUUUAUGGCAGAUGGCGUAACAGGGUAUUUUUGAACAAAUAUGAAUCAAUUGGGGUAUGCUGCGUUAAUGUCAAUAUUUGUAAUAAUUGGUUUAAGUAAACAUUUUCAUUACUGGAUGCCAAGGAGAAGUGCUCUGCAUGGCUCUUAAAUCUUUAUCUCUCUCUCCCUCUCCCUGUAGUAAAAUGGAUUUCACUCUGUGGUUAACGACCAGAGAUGCCUCUGCCUAUACGCCCACUGUUCCACGGCCACUAAGGUGUCCCCAACCCAAAAAGGAAAAAAACGAAGGAACUCAGUCGGGGUUUCAACUUACUGUUGAGAGUUACAAAGUAGAAUACACAAGUUGCAAUUUAGAAAUAUGGUCAUGCAUUGCAGUUUGCCACUUGUCAUGUCAGUCACUGACAGUCACCCAAUUAGCCCAGCUAUGUCAGCUCAAUUCUUUAGAUAGCUGGGUAGACUACCUUUCUUAGCAAUCUAAACCCUGUAGUAAUCAUCACCAAAUGACAGACUGGGCAUGGAGUGUGCCGAAGGGCCCUGUCCACCUCUGCUAUUCUAACUCUCAACAGUAAGUUUGAGUUCCUUCAUUUUUUUAAUGCUAUAUUAGCCGAGCUGACUGUGGUUCUAGUAAAUCCAAUACAAUGUUGUCAAAACAUGAUUACAACGAAACUAGGAUUGUCAGGGCAAGGAUGUGUUUUAGUUAUACUACAUGUGUACAUUUUACAUGUUGCUUUGGGUUGCCAUCGAAAGGAUUAUAAAAUACGUUUUUUUUUUUUAACACAGGUUUUCUGCAUCAGUUGUCUAAGAACCGUAAGAGUAGGGCUUAGAGGAGGUGAACGACCAUAUUGUGUACAUAAGAGUAUCUUGACCUACUGCAAAGUACUGGUAUGUCAUGUUUGCUGAGUUAUUACUCAGAAUUAUUUUCUGCAAAGACCAUGAAUGUUAUACCACAUGAUUGUGGUGUAGUGUUGCAUCAAGUGUUGCAUCAUGUGAAUGUAAUUUCCCCCUGUCUUUUACAGUAUGCUAUGUUUUUUUGUUUUUUUCAUUCGUCAAGGCAAUCAACCAAAGCCUUCUCUGAUUUAAGUUAUACAGCUAUGUUGUCCAUGUAAAUGUUAACUCGAGGCAUGAGUUCUGUGGUAGAUAACUUAAAUGAUCCAGUCUGGGAUGCUAUACACCCAUCCACCCGUGAUUUCAGGUGCUUAGUGUAGAUAUGAAAGAAAGACAGGAAAUGAAUGCUGAUUAGCUUGGCUUUUUCCUCAGAAGUGUUUUCAGUGAGAAGGUGACAAUGUUUAGACUUGAGGUCACAUAAGAACAAAACCUUGGCUCCAACAUUGAAAUCUUUUGUGUUUAGUAAAAAAUGAUUCCCAAAGGUUAUAUCUACAGUAAGGUUAUUCCCUGAUCACCUAAGAUAUUUCAGACGACCUCAUGUAUUUGCCAUGUAAAAUACUGCCAGGAUUGUGUGGUUUUUUGGGCAUGUUUGUCAUUGAUGUACAGUAGUCAAUCAAAAUGUUAAGUGCCUAAUAUUUGCUAUUUAAUCGUAAUUAUUUAUUCCACAUCCUAUUGCUAUGUCUGCUUCCCAAAUGGCACACUAUUCCCUACAUAGUGCAACAGGUUUGACCAGCUCUGUUCAAAAGUAGUGCACAAAAUAGGAAUAGGGUAUAAUUUAGGGCGCAUCCUAUGUGUAUAUUAAAUGCCAUAGCUUUGAUGAACAUUAGUGAUGUAUCCUUGUCUUGAUUAGCCUGAAUGUUUGUCUGUUUGUGUUUUCAUGUCAACAACUUGUCACUCAUUGUCAGGCUAAGUGCCAUACGCAUUGUCGUUGGUUUAACAUAGACAGCCAUGGAUUUGGCAAGAGCACAAACAGAUUUGGGACUAGGCUACAAGGCUGUAUGUCCUUAUGAGAACAAAAUGUUUGCCUCUUUCCAUUAGCUGCAUUCUCACCGCUAUACCCUCCCACCACGGGGAGCCAUUUUAUAAGGUUGCGUAACAAACAUUUUUAUAUAUUAGCAACAUGCUAUUGAAUGAUGCUUUGUUUUAAUGUCUGGGUACAUGUAUGUCAUGAGAUCAUGAUGAGUAAACAAUUCAGCACCUU